UAAAUAUGAGAGACAAAAGACUAACAAUCUCUCAAAUUCAUCAAUGGUUCUACUUUCAUUAAAUGAAAUGAGUCCUUUGUUUUUGUCUCUCUAGUAAUCUAUCUCUCUAGUUGUGCGAGCCUGAGUAUUUGGAUCUGAAAAUAAAUGCUACAACUCUAGUGCAAAUAUACUUCCACUACUGCAAGAACAACAGUUGGCUGUAACUGUAUUUAUAUUUCUUCCCAAAAAUAGAGAAGAAAGAGAAAAACAGAGCAGCCCACAAAAAACCAUUUGUCAAUGGCCAAUCCCAACUCUGCUUAGCAUUCUCAACGGUCAAUCAAUCAAAUAUAUACGUUAAGUUUAACGACCAGGUUGAUCUGGGAGGUGAAAUUGUUGAAUUUUGGGAUACUCGUUGGUCGAGAAGUCAGAAUUCUUUUCUUGGUUGGCAUAUUUCCUGUUUUUCUUGGUUGGAGGAGUGGAAAUUGGUAUUGAAUUAGGCGUUGGGGUUGGUUUUUGUGGUAUGGUUUCCUUCAUUGCUGCCGGUAUAUUGAUCAGAGGAAUAGGACUGAUUUGUAAUUUCUAUGGUUUAAAGGAGGCUCAAACUUUGAGUUGUUCCAAUGUUAGUUGGAAUUGCCUGGUUUUCAUCAGGAAAUAUAUGUAGGAGAUUGUAUCUGAUGAUAGGGCGUUGUUUUCGUAGGUCGAGGAGAUUUAAACUGAAGCAAUAAUUCUGUGGAGUAAAAAAUUUUUUCAGCAUUUUUGAUAGAAGUGCUAGCAAAACUUGGAUAUGAGAAGCCCUUGGUUUAAGAAAAUUUCUAUCGUCUUUGGGCCUAGACCACCACUUAAUUGGUUGCUUUUAUGUGUUGUGAUUGUCCUUGUGCUAAUUGCAUUAUUGGGGUCUUCUUCUUCAAGUGCCUUGAAAUCUGUGACUUCUGUGGCAAAAUCUGACACCUACAGAAAGUUAAAACAGCAAGCAACCAAUGAUUAUCUGGAAUUGAGGACUCUUUCUGCUGGGGCUAAUAGGAUAGAAGUUAGUCUUUGUGGAAAGGAUAGAGAAAACUAUGUGCCUUGUUACAAUGUAUCUGCAAAUUUGCUAGCUGGAUUUAAAGAUGGGGAGGAGUUUGAUCGGCAUUGUGAAGUGUUGCAAGAUAGACAGUAUUGUUUGGUUCGUCCUCCCAAGGACUACAAAAUUCCUUUGAAUUGGCCUACAGGGAGGGAUGUGAUUUGGAGUGCAAAUGUGAAAUUGUCCAAAGACCAGUUUCUUUCAUCUGGUACCAGGACAAAGAGGCUAAUGUUAGUUGAAGAAAAUCAAAUUUCUUUUCACUCGGAUGAUGGGACUGAUGAUGUCCAAGACUAUUCCCACCUCAUAGCAGAAAUGAUUGGACUCACUAGUGAUACUGAAUUCCAUCAAGCUGGUGUUCGCACUGUUUUAGAUAUUGGAUGUGGGUUCGGAAGCUUUGGGUCUCAUUUACUCUCCCUCAAUAUAAUGGCUGUUUGUGUAGCAGCAUAUGAAUUGAUGGGUAGCCAAGUCCAAUUAGCCCUUGAGAGAGGUCUUCCAGCGAUUAUUGGCAACUUCAUUUCAAGACAACUUCCGUUUCCAUCACUAGCAUAUGACAUGAUUCACUGUUCUCAGUGUGGUAUUGUGUGGGAUGAUAAAGAUGGAUUGUUUCUUAUCGAAGUUGAUCGUAUGCUUAAGCCUGGAGGUUACUUUGUUUUAACCUCACAAAUUAGCAGGCAGUAUGGAAGUUCUGUGAAUCCCAAAAAAGGAAGCAUGUCAACUCCAAUUGAGGAAUUUGCCCAAAACGUUUGUUGGAAUUUGUUAGCAGAGCAAGAAGAAACAUUCAUCUGGCAGAAGACUACCGAUGCUUUAUGCUACACAUCAAGCAGGCAGAAGAAAGUACCUCUUUGCAAAGGAGAGGACACCCAGCCAUAUUACCACCCGCUGUCACACUGCAUAAAUGGAAAAAACAGCAAGCGUUGGAAUCCCAUUCAAAACAGAUCUUCUGGUUCUCUAAGCUCCACAAAACUUGAAAUUCAUGGAGUUCAUCCUGAAGAUUUUUUUGAAGACUUGGAAUUCUGGAGAGCUUCUUUGAGAAACUAUUGGACUCUGCUCUCUCCUUUGAUAUUUUCUGAUCAUCCAAAAAGGCCGGGUGAUGAAGAUCCAUUAGCUCCAUACAAUAUGGUUCGUAAUGUGAUGGACAUGAAUGCUCAUUUUGGGGGUCUAAAUGCUGUAUUACUCGAAGCUAGGAAAUCAGUUUGGGUGAUGAAUGUUGUGCCAAUGGGAGCACAAGAUACAUUAGCUCUCAUCCUUGAUCAGGGUUUUGCUGGUGUCUGGCAUGACUGGUGUGAGCCAUUUCCUACAUAUCCUCGGACGUAUGACUUGCUUCAUGCCAAUGGCCUUCUCUCACACAUUGCUUCACAAGGAUGCAGUAUGAUAGAUUUACUAUUUGAGAUGGACCGUAUCCUACGCCCUGAGGGGUGGGUUAUUCUUUCUGAUAAAUUGGGCCCCAUAGAAAAAGCACGUAGUCUAGCUAUACAGAUUCGCUGGGAGGCCAGAGUAAUUGAUCUUGAGAACGGCAGUGACCAGCGCUUACUUUUAUGCCAAAAGCCAUUUCUAAGAAAAUGAAUACCUGGUACAGAUAUCCCAGUAUUCUUACCGUCCAGGCGUUUUUAAGAUCUGGGCGUGAGCCUUAAAAAAGCUGAUUACACGAAUCUGCUUGGUGUUCCGAUGGAUCAAAACGUAGCCCCCCCCAAGAAGAUGGCUCAGACAAUUUUGGAAGCUGUAGAGUAGAGGAAGGUUUGCUGAGGUAGCCCCCAGCCCAAAGAAAGUUUUUUUCCUUUUCUUUUCUUUUGCCACUUUUUCCCCCUCACUGGUAAAGAAAUCUGUAGUUAUUCGUUCAUCUUAAUUUUUUCUCCUUGUGGUUUCAUAUUGCUUCAUUGAUUCUGUAAUUUGAUUUGUCUUUUGUAACGAACAACUUCCACGAGUGAAAGUGAAUGCUACAAGCAGUGAAAUGUAAGAUUCAAUGUUAUAAAUGCGAAAGCCUCAUCCAACGUCUUCAUCAA